AAAGGCUGUGCACUAUUUUAUGAGCAGAUCUGCCGAUUGCGGAGGACCACAUUUCCGCUUCGUCACCUAAAUCUCUACAGAGCAAGGAAACAAGUCGUGAAUGUUAAAAUACUGUUUGGAUGUAGGAACAAUUCAACCGCUGCAAUUUGGAGACUCAAGAAUAAACUCCUUAAGGCCAGGAGUCGCCGCUCCAAAAUGGCCACUGUGGGGGAGCAGACGCCUGUAGUAAGUAACCAUACCAAAGACAAGGCUACCAAAGCUAAGGUUACCCUUGAAAACUACUACUCCAAUCUCCUCUCACAGAAUGAGGAGAGAGAAAACAGGUAUCGGCUCCUUGAACAAUCCAUGGAAAAGGAGGGACUUUCAGAUGAACAGAAAAAUGAACGGCGACAACAACAUGCUACAAAGGAGACCGAGUUCUUAAGACUAAAGCGAUCUCGCCUAGAUAUAGAUGAUUUCGCUCCAAUAAAAGUUAUAGGACGUGGUGCCUUUGGUGAAGUACGUCUAGUACAGAAAAAGGACACAGGACAUGUGUAUGCAAUGAAGAUUCUCCGAAAACAGGAUAUGUUAGAUAAAGACCAGGUGGCCCAUGUACGAGCAGAACGGGAUGUUCUGGUAGAAGCAGAUCAUCAAUGGGUUGUGAAAAUGUAUUACUCUUUCCAAGAUGCACAAAACUUAUACCUCAUAAUGGAGUUUCUGCCUGGAGGAGAUAUGAUGACACUGCUGAUGAAGAAGGACACACUAACUGAGGAACAGACACAGUUUUAUGUGUCUGAGACAGUGUUGUCCAUCGAUUCCAUCCACAAACUGGGCUUCAUACACAGGGACAUCAAACCAGAUAAUUUACUUUUAGACGCCAAGGGACAUAUCAAAUUAUCCGACUUUGGUCUAUGUACAGGCCGUAAAAAAUCCCAUAGAACAGAUUACUACAAAGACCUGUCCCAAGCCAAGGCGGGCGACUUCUGUGAUUAUAACAAAAGUUCCAACCCUAUGGAUUCCAAGAGAAGGGCAGAGAGCUGGAAGAGGAAUCGACGGGCAUUGGCAUAUUCCACGGUGGGCACCCCGGACUAUAUCGCCCCAGAAGUGUUUCUUCAGACAGGUUAUACAAGCAGCUGUGAUUGGUGGUCGCUCGGCGUCAUUAUGUAUGAGAUGAUGAUAGGGUAUCCACCAUUUUGUUCCGAGAAUCCACAGGAGACAUACAAGAAGGUGAUGAACUGGCGGGACACUCUAAUCUUCCCACCCGAGAUGCCUAUAUCAAAUGAGGCUAGGGAUUUAAUUAGAAAGUUUUGCUGUGAUCCUGAACACAGGCUAGGUGCUAAUGGUAUAGAGGAAAUAAAAUCAGACAUAUUCUUCAAAGGAGUGGACUGGGAACAUAUCAGAGAGAGGCCAGCGGCCAUUCCGGUGGAGGUAAAGAGUAUAGACGAUACCUCAAACUUUGAUGAUUUUCCUGAAAUUGAUCUCAAGUGGCCAACAUACCCGGACCCACAAGGCCAAGAAGCCCAGGAUUCCAAGUACAAAGACUGGGUGUUCAUCAAUUAUACAUACAAACGCUUCGAGGGACUCACACAGCGGGGAAACCCUUUCCCGAAAAGCUAGUUAGAGUGGUUUAUCACUACAGUUGACCGUUAGAUAAUGACGACUGGUUCACACUUCUACACAAACAUACACAUAUCUGGAAGCAUCCGAGAUAGUUGUACUGACACAAUCACUAUUCAGUAGUAAUAAAUAUGGACAGUCCCAGUGAAUGUGAUGAUAUUGAAUGUUGUCCAAAGAAACUUAAAACAAGGAUGAUUUAUAAAUGAAGAUGGAACACACGGGAUAUUCCUUGUGAUAAGAAAGCGUUGUUGUAGAUUAGAACCAGGAAUGGAAAAAGGGACAACAAUCUACAGACAAUUGUUUUUACAACCAACUUAAAUGGGAUUGAUCUGUUGUUGGCAAUAGCAACUCUACACUUUAUCAUUUAUAAUUGUAUCCUUUUCAUUCUUCAGCAAAGGAGAAAUUUCAGACAUGUCACAUGUUCAGCUGAAAGUGAUCUGACUUGAACUUGGUUGAAUGCUUGAUGUGAUAAUGUCAGUAGAAUUUUAGCUUAGUAAUGAAAAGGGAUAGAAUAAUCCAAAUAUGUUUAAUUUGGCAUUUUUGGUAAUUUUUACCUAGGGUGUGUAAGAUCAACCAAAAUUAGAAUAUUGAAAUGUUUUUGUAAUGGCAGUGACACAACCCAGAAUCUGAAUACCAACCAGCUUUAUGAAGUUCCUGCAGAUGACCUUGUUGUUGUUUUAGUGUGUGAAAAUUAAUUGAAAUUAAACAAUCAACAUGUUUAGGAUAUCCGUUAUGUUAAAAUCAGUCAUUUCUGUGAAUUUUGGGGUUCUGAACUCAAUCUGUAUUGAAUUCUGCAAAAUUAGGCUUUAACUUAAAUUUCUGAAUUGGUUGAUCUGAUUCACCAAACAGAGAUAGCUGUUGUGUUGAUAUCAACUUGCCAAAGAGUGCAUUGUAGUGUUUCCCUUUGAACUAAAUUGUCAUUUACCACAAACGGAAAGUGAAGCAAGGAUCAGAGUAAAUGUUCUCAGGGGAGAGAACUUUUAUAGAAUUCUGAAUUUUGGAAAGUUUUUAAAAUAUUAUACUAUCAAUUGUGAACAUCCCCAUGUCUUUGACACAUUGUAUGCAAAUAUUUUCAUCUUGUAUGUAAUUGUCAUGUCUGUGGUAUGAUAUUUGCCUCAAACUUGUUCCUUUUUUUGGCAGUUAUUUCUUAAUCUCAAUCAAAAUCUAUUUCUCCAGACUUUCACCUACUGGUUCUUUACAUUGAAACAAAUCACUUUUACUUGCUAUUUUUUAGAAUUGUAUAUCCACUACACUAUAGCAAACAAAACUUCUUCUUACGAAACAAACUUAUUUCCGAUUAAGAUUUUGAAAAGUGUUUCAGUAGACGAUUAAGAUUGUAAGAAUGCUGUUGGAUGUUUUUGAGCAAUAUUUUUGGUUGAGAUCGAGGGAAUACUGUGACGGAGGAUGUCAUUUCCUGCUAAUGCUCUUACAACAAGAGACGAUAUGUUAUUGUGAAUAUGCACAUUCCAUUUAAUCCCAAGAUGUUUAUUGUUAUAAUGAUGAAGUAGAGGGUAAUAGGUAGCCCACAUUUAUUUUUUUGCCUUAUUUAAAACACUGCUGCUUUUGACCCAUGUAUAGAACCUGUUACACUUUUGAUGAUCCAAUAUAAACACGUUGGUUAAUGGCUAUUUUACUGCUGUUAUAUUUGAUGUGCGUGUGUAAAUUUUCCAUUGUAAGAGUGAUUGAACAAAGUUUUCUUUUUGCUUGUAGCAUAUUUUUUUUAGUAAUGAUAAGACAUAUUUGAUUUGAUAUCAGUGACAACUAUUAUCUGUAAUGAAAAUACAUAUUGUGCUAUGUUAUCAUGGGAGUGUGAACAUCCGAUGUCAGUUUAACAAGGGUGGCACUCAUUUAUAUUAAAUCUACUUUAUUUUGCAAUUAUUGUUAUUAAUUAAAAGAAAUAGUCUAUUAUCAAAUGCUGUAAUUUCCAAAGAUUUCAAAAUUGUAUGUGCCAAUUUUCUUUUUCAGUUUCUUUCCUUUGAUGCUAUUUCAUGAAUGUAAUGAGUUAAUUUAAACAUCUGUUACAAUUGCUUAAUUGUAUGGAUUUGCUGUAUGAUAAAAGUGGAAUAACAAGACUCUCACUGAGUACACUAACACAGGUUAAACAGUUAGGAUGUAGUGUUUGUAUUUAUUUGAGUUUUCAAGGAAAACCAGGCAUGAACCUCUUAAGAUUGUUCUAGGUAUAACAGCAGAUACAGUUUUACACGUAAGUGAAUUCUACCUCUCAAGAUUAUUAUGGAAGAAUAACUAUGAUAAUCUUAAGGAAUCACAAAAUGAAGCAAUACAAAUGGUUUAAGAAGGGAUCAUGUAAGAUGAAGUUGGAUUCAGUGUGUAUGGUAGAUGUGAAAAUCAGAGAUAUAGUGAAAAUAUUCCUUUAAAACAGCUUCCUAGAAGUUCAAAUUCUAUUGCAAUCUGUACACAUCUUCUCAAUAGCAAAUCAGUCGGGGUUUGUAAUAUGCUGGGGUGAAGGUUUGCCAAGUUUGUUCAAAUUAAUGACUUUGACCUACAUUACAAGUUCUUCUUAAUAACCAAGUUGGUCAGGGACCUGAUAUUGGGCCUGUUGCAUUCUCGGGUGAAGGGCUACACAAGUUUGUUUGAAUGAAUGACUUUGACCUAGAUUCAUGGUCACAUGGAUCACCCCUGAUAUUGGGCAAAUAGUAUGCUGGAAUGAAGGGCUACAAAUUUAAUUGAAACAAAUAAAAAUCUAGCCUGCUCUUAUAUUUGAAUCAAGUGGCUAUCAGGUUAGCAUCUGCACAAAUGACCUCAACUUCAAGUUGUAUUAGAAGCAGGUGAGCUAUACAGGCCCUGAAAUCAAAGAUGGCUGCCAUUUAUGAAAUUUUUUUUUAUAAAAAUCCAUUUCAAGCUUCUUUUUCCAGUUCCACAAGUGAAAUUAAGCUCAAUCUUUCCUGAAAUGGUCCUGACCAAGUGUUGUUAUUUUUCUGGUUGGUCAAAAAUGCAAGAUGGUCCCAAUGGCCAACAGUACCAUUACACUUACAAGGUUCUACGGCCUUGAAAGUCAUAUUACUGUUAAGGCUCAAGGGCCCCUUGUCUGUGGUUGGUAAUGUUUCUCUGUGUUUCUGGUCAUUGAUAUAACUGCCCCCCUGUAUAUGGGUGUAGGGAUACGAGGUCUCUCUUGGGUAUUUACUGCUUACAAAGUUCAUAGUUUAUGUUAACAAGAUGAUGUUUACCAGUUAAUAUAUAACAUUUUCAAUUUUAGUUGAUGGUGGCUUAUUAAAAUCCGGGGCCAAUGGUGGCUUAUUAAAAUCCGGGGCCAAAGGUGGCUUAUUAAAAUCCAGGGCCAAAGGUGGCUUAUUAAAAUCCAGGGCCAAUGGUGGCUUAUUAAAAUCCAGGGCCAAUGGUGGCUUAAGCAUAGCCUUUCAGUGCCCUUGAGUAACUCUACAUCUUUAACAACACUAAAGUGAUGUAGCAUAACUGUCACCUUAGUUUGAAUUUAAACUGUAGUAGACACUGGUAAAGGAAGCACUUUGUUUUCAAAUCUUGUUUGUGUUUGCAUGUGUGAUAGUUGGUAAAAUUUCAUUUGCGGUGUGAUAUACAACUUGUUUUGUCAUUGAGUUACUUCGGUCAUUUUUAUUAUUAUCAUGAUUGCACAUGUUAUUUUAUUAUCGUUAUAUUACUAGUAAUACCUGUAAAUGUUAUUAUUUAAAGCCUAUUAAUAGAUGUAAUUACUUACUGCAGUUGAAUACAUCAUAUAUGACACAAAUAAUAAUCCUAAUGUUGCCCCAAUAUCUGGUCUAGGCCACCACUGAUGUUGGGUUGAACCAUAAUUCUGUGAAUCUACACAUUAUAAUACGUUGAUACUUAUUUCAAACUUAUACUUGUAGCAUUGUAAAAGCAUGCAAGCAUUGUUAGAGUGGUAAUUGACUAGGACUGGCCUCCAUGUUUCAGGUUGAAUAGAGAUAGGUUCAAACUGACCAUCUUUCUUUUAACGAGUUGAUUUAAGGAUAUGUAGUAUAUAUGGGGAUGAUAGAUGUUUGAUCUCAUGCAGUUUUUAUCGCACCUCACAUCUCCUCAUUGUCUAUGGUAAAUGUUGUCACAGAUAUAAAUUGUACCUCCUAUCAUAAUCAAAAUACUAGCACAUGGGCGCAUACUGAUGUUAGUCUGUUACAGUAUUGCACAAAUAUUGCAAUAAUGCAUGCAUUUACAUGUCCGUGUUAUUCCACGUUUGUUGUUUUUCUUGUUGGUUUUCUUUGUCUUUUUUUAAUUUAUUUGUCAGUUAUGAAAACACAUAAGAUAUUUUUAAUUCAUUAAUUAGUUAAUCCAUUCAUUCAUUUGUUCAUCUUGUUUGUUUUUCAAGUGCUUUUUGUUUACCAUAGUUUUAGUAAUGCUUAUAUAAAAGGUACAAUUUCCUUUGAAUAUUGAACUCCAGAUGGUAAACAUGUACCGUACAAUUGCAUGAUUGAACUUUUCCUUUUCAUAGGAUUCAGAAUCACAAUAAUGUUCUUAUAUAACUUUGUGCAUAGUGCCCUGUGAGUGAAAGAUAAUUCAUCAAGUUUAAAUCAUGAUUUAGGAAUGAAAAUGCUUAUUGUUGAACUGUCGGAAACCUAAAUCAACACAGGUUGCUUAAUUUAAGCCAAUUUCUAAAAAUUAAUCUAAUUUUCUGUUUCAUAUACUGCACACUAAUUAAUGUCAUAUAAUGAGAAUUGUUUUUGACAUGCUUUAGUGGUUUAUAUAUUGAUGGCAUUAGUGUACUUAACUCAAGUUGUACACCUGUUCCAUUUGGGUAGCAGGUAUUCCAAAAUAUUGUGUCAUUCCAAUGUUACUGAUCAGCUUAUAAUAACUAAUGACCUUGCAGUGAUCAGUCACUGUAGGGUCACCUGGGGAUGAUUGUCUAUAGUCAUAUGUGCUGAACAUGUAGCAUUUUUAAUCUUCAAAUUAUGAUAAAUAUGUAUUUCAUAACAUUGAUAUUUUACAUGAAAACUACAUGAAUAUUUAAUCGUGUAAUUGAUUAUUGUGCACAUUUAUCUUCAGAAAAUGAUAUAUUUCGAUUUCUGAAAAAAUUGGUAGUUUUCCCUUUUUAGAACCUUAUUUUUGAUUAAAAUGAAGACUGCUUAUUUGGCAAUUGAUCUUUGCUUCAGGUUAAAAACUGGUUGAAUUUUGCAUCAGUAUUUGCUUCAGCAGUAAAAUUGGGUAAAUUUUACAAAAUGCAGUUACAAAUGUACGUGUAUUUCCCUUCUUACAAUUAAAAAAAACUUUUUUUGUUUAAGAAAGUGGAUUCUUUGCUACUCUCAUGGAUACAUCAUUGUAGCCCACACCAGAAGUCCUUCCAUUUCCAAUUGUGUAAUCAUUCAUGCACUUUGCCAUUCUUAUAAAAUGACUAAUGUGAGCUCUGAUCUUCACAUGACAAAUGUGAAUUCUAAUUAUCACAUGACAUAUGUGAACUCGGAUGGUCAUAUGACCCAGUCUGUUGAUUUACUGAAGGCCUCCAAUGACUAGGAUUUUCACAUUUCAAUAUUUUAAAUACACGUUUGAUUAUUUGUGUUCAUUUGUUGGCCUUAUUUGCCAUCAGUGAGUCACCCUGACGUGAAUACAUAACAUGGUUCAUUGAGCAGUUCUUUGCCUCUAACUGCUUCACUGAUUCAGACCAGGUGACCUAAUACUGUGAUAUGUAGAUAAUCGUAAUCUGUGUCCAAAUGGGUGAAUGUAUCAAAAAUAAAAAUUUACUGAAUUUUA